AUGUUUAGGAACAUCCACUCGGGCGGCGUCAGACUCUUGUCUACGUCUGUGCCUAGGCAGUCAUUUAUUGGCAAGUCUCCCGUCAGAUUGAUGGAGAGCGUGGAGCUCUCUACAGAGUGGAUUCCCCGGGAAUUCUCGAAGUCUUUCACAAAGGGAAAGAAAACGUUCGCUUUGGAAAAACUAAUCACUGUCAAGGGCCCCAAGGGAACUGUUUCUCUCACAGUCCCCGGUUUUGUGGAGGUCAAGAAAGACGAGAAUGUUGUGAAUGUGUCGGUCGAAAGACCACACAACAAGAUUCAAAGGGCGAUGUGGGGAACCACCAGAGCUUUGAUCCAGAACCACAUCAUCGGAACAACCGAAGGCCAUUUGGCCACGUUGAAGUUUGUGGGUACUGGUUACAGAGUCAGUCUUGAGGAGUCCAAUGGCAGCACGUAUGUUGUGUUGAAAAUUGGUUUGCCUUACACGCCGAGAUUGAAAAUUCCCAAAGGCCUCAGCGUCAGCUCGAGUAACCCAGCUGUGCUUUUGAUCGAGGGUAUCAACAAGCAACAAGUGAAACUUUUUGCUGCGGUCAUCAGAGAGUACAGGAAGCCGGAGCCAUACAAAGGCAAGGGUAUCUUUGUUGAUGACGAGACCAUCAAAUUGAAACAAAAGAAGAUCAAGUAG